CAUCGGCACUGAGCAUGUUUAUGCACGGAGCACAAUGUCUUUGAAAACAUUUCCCUGCAGGGUUUUGCUGAAACUUCUGCAUCGCGGCAUCAAACCGCUCGCUGCGAGAGAUGCAGCGGCCGCCGUGCUGGGCCGGUGCUCCGCGCGGGGCUACUACAACACCGGGAGACCCGGGCACGCCGGAGCGGGCGCAGGGGCCCGGGUGGUGGACCUCCGCAGCGACACGGUGACCAAGCCCGGGCCUGCGAUGCGGCGGGCCAUGGCGGAGGCCGAAGUCGGAGAUGACGUGUUGAGAGAAGACCCGACAGUAAACGAGCUGCAGGAGAUCGCAGCUGACAUGUUUCAGAUGGAGGCCGCGCUGUUUGUCCCCUCGGGAACCAUGAGUAAUCUCAUCGCAGUGAUGGUGCACUGCAGGGAGCGGGGCAACGAGAUGAUUGUGGGCGAUCUGUCCCACGUACACAUCUACGAGCAAGGAGGGAGCGCACAGCUGGCCGGUGUCCACACCACCACGGUGAACACCCUCCCGGACGGAACGUUUGACUUGGAGCAGCUGGAAUCGAAGAUCCGCCACGGUUACCCAGACCCCCACUACCCCCGCUCACGCCUCAUAUGUGUGGAGAACACACACAACAUACAGGGAGGACGUGUGCUACCUCUGACCUUCCUGCAGGAGGUCCGUGCUUUAGCCGAUAGAUAUGGGCUGUCAGUUCACAUGGACGGAGCCAGGGUGAUGAACGCCGCUGUGGCCCUGGGGGUGCCUCCAUCCACCAUCCUGCAGCACACACACACCGUCAGUGUGUGUCUCUCCAAGGGUUUAGGUGCCCCUGUGGGAACCGUGCUGGCUGGACCCCAAGACUUCAUAUCCGAGGCUAUACGGUGCCGUAAAGCCCUUGGUGGGGGGAUGCGGCAGGCUGGUAUUUUAGCAGCAGCUGGGAAACUGUCUUUACGGGAGAUGGUGGGAAGACUGGAGGAGGAUCACCACAACGCAAAAACCUUUGCUCAAGCUCUGCUCGACUGUGACCCUCCUAUGUUCGCCGUGAACAUGGCCGCCGUGGAGACGAACAUCCUACGUUUUCGCCUGCAGGAGCCCAGUUUGAGCGUCACUGAGUUCUGUGCCCGAAUGAGUGAGGUGGGCGAGGGAGAGGAGGCUGCACUGGGACAGGGGAUACAAGUCUUUAUGUUCCCCCAUUUUGGUAAUUCUGUACGGGCUGUAUGGCAUCUUGGGAUAUCGGCUGAUGAUACCCAGCUGGCCAUCCAGAAAAUGCGAUUUGUGGCUUCUCAGUAUUUCAAGGAAAAAUUUAGGGCCCAGUGAAACCUGGUUCUUCCCAAGAUGAUCUAAUCUAAUCACCAGGCCUGAUCAUAGAAAAUGUGCACAGAAAAAUCUAGAAGAAGACUGACUGAUGUCAAAUUUAGGACAAAUACGACUGGACUCAUUGGGAUAGUGG